ACUACUAGUGCCAUGUGAUCAAGUGUAUUCAGCUGCACUCGAAUCUUCCUUACGCUACCCCUCUUCUUUUCCUCUUCUUUCCGUUUCUCAUUUCACUAUUUAUUAGCCUUCUCCUCCUUUACUUCUUCUCCGCCGCUCUCUCUUCACUCUCUCACUCUCACUCUUAACAUUACUACUUUACUUUAUUACUCUUACUAAUUUUUGAUCAACUUUUUUAGAGUUCGGUUCAAAACAAUGGAUCUCAAGGCCACGCUAUUGCUUGGCCUCAUCUGCAUUACCAUUGCCGUCGCAACUGGUCAAUCACCCGCUGCAUCACCCACCCAAUCACCACCCACCGCCACCCAACCACCACCGGCUAACACUCAACCACCUCAAGCUAGCCAGCCACCACCCGCUACUCAACCACCUCAAGCUAGCCAGCCUCCCCCAGCCACCCAACCACCUCAAGCUAGCCAGCCUCCUCAAGCUACCCAACCACCACCAGCCACCCAACCACCCACCAACGCACCACCACCAUCCACCACCCAAUCACCCCCACCAGUGGCUCAAGCCCCUCAGCAGUCCCCACCACCAGUGGGUACCCCACCACCAGUGGGUACCCCACCACCAGCCACCCCACCUCCAGUGGCUACCCCACCACCGGCUACUCCACCACCACCGGCUACUCCACCACCAGUGGCUACCCCACCACCAGUAGCCACCCCACCCGCUGUUACACCAGUGGCUGCACCAGCUAAGUCACCGGUUGCCGCUGCGCCAUCUCCAUCGCUUUCUUCUCCUCCAUCUCCUCCUUCUGAAGCACCUGGACCUAGUAUGGGAGGUGCUCUAUCUCCUGGACCUGCUUUGGGUCCUGCCUCGUCCGAUACCGAUGAUCAGAGUGGAGUAGAAAAGAUGUGGUCCGUUUCAAAGUUGAUUGGAAGCUUAGUUUCUGGAUGUGCUAUCCUUGCCUUGCUAUUUUAAGAGAAUCAGCUGCUUUUGGUUUUUCCCUGGGAUAUGUUGUCGCGAUAUUAAUUUCAUUUAUGUAAUAUUGGAUAUGUCAUUUUGUUCCCGCUCUCUUGUAUUUUGGAUUUAUACAUUCGAUCAGGUGGAUUCAUUUUUUUAUUUUGUGAGAUUUUUGAGGGUUAGUUUAUCUUCUUUCUGGGGUGAGACUUAUGUUGUAUGAGAUUGUAUUAGUAGUCGAUUUAGCUUAUUACUUUUAGUAAAUACUGCCUCUUCAUUCUUGUCUA